UCCUGGGCUUGGGGGGGGAAAAAAAAAAAGAAAAAAAAAAAAAGAAAAAAAAAAAAAAGGAGGAGAAAGAAUAAUCACUUAAGCUGGUCCGGUGCCGUCUCGGAGGUUUAGGGGCUGCACCCGGAGUGCCGCUGCUGCCCGCGCCGACAACCAUGAAGGCUCAGCCCGCGGCAGCCUCCAUCUUCUGCCUGUGCCUGGCGCUGGCGGCCUCCGCAGCCUCCGCCGCGGAAGGGCUCGGAAAGGGUUUUGGAGAUCAUAUUCAUUGGAGAACACUAGAAGAUGGGAAGAAAGAGGCGGCAGCCAGUGGUUUGCCUCUUAUGGUUAUCAUCCACAAGUCUUGGUGUGGAGCUUGCAAAGCUUUAAAGCCAAAGUUUGCCGAAUCCAAGGAGAUCUCUGAACUUGCCCAUAAUUUUGUUAUGGUCAACCUUGAGGAUGAUGAAGAGCCAAAGGAUGAAGCCUUUAGUCCUGAUGGAGGUUACAUUCCCAGAAUCCUUUUCAUGGACCCCAGUGGAAAAGUCCACCCAGAAAUCAUAAACGAGAAAGGAAACCCCAGCUACAAGUACUUCUAUACCAAUGCUGAUCAAGUUGUCCAAGGGAUGAAGGAGGCCCAGGAGAAGCUAACAGGUGAUGCUUUCAAACAAAAACACCUGGGAGAUGAACUAUAAUGAAUACACUGAAUGAUGCUUUUCCAUCACUUCGAAACUCUAAAAGGAAAUGAUUAAACAGACCAAGAAUGUAGAUGCACUGAAGGGACAUAAUUCUUCUGUCAACAAUGUUAGCUUAAACCCUGUUUGGAGUUCACACACAUGCAUCAGUUACAGUGUUAUCUCCUCCUCUGCCUGGCAGUUUGUACUGUAAUGGUUAUUUGCAACUAGGUAAUGUGCAAACACAUCAGUUUGUGUGUUUGAGCAACCACUAAUAUUUGGUGUUAAAAGGGAGCUGUGUAGGGUGAAACAUUAUUUGAGGACAAACAGUGUGAUUGGAAUAACAAGAAGUAGCCAACAUUUUGACGCUUAAGCAGGGUUGGAUCCCUCUUUUCCACUGGUAUUAUGUGAUCCCGUUGUUUUUACUGGGGAUUCCUAUCAAUGGGGCAUGUUCCUGGGCCAGGUGUUUUCUAGACAUCCCAAACCAUGACUUCUGCCACUAAGCCAAGUAGAAUAAAUUUCAUGAAUGUCCAACUAGCAUGUGAAAUUAUUAGCUCUGCAAACAUAUUUUUGUGUAAAACUGUGUGUGAUUCAUCUUUAUUUGCCUUUGGGCAGAAAUUUAACUUUUUCCUUGGGCACUCACCUUUUGAUUGUUUUAUCAAGUGAGGGUGGGUUAUGUUGAAGCUUUACGGGGAAUUCCCCUUUUAUUCUUUGAAUGUUUUUUGGCGAAUGCCUUGCCAUCACAUUGUACUGUAUUUUUGUACCAGGGUGAAAAAUUAAACCUUUUUAAACAUAAGCAUGCAGACAGUGUUUUGUGGUAAAGGGCGUAGCUUUCCAUUCUCAAGGAUGGGGGAAUAUAUUUUUGUUUAUGUUGCAGUGGUUAUUAAUGUUGGAUGUCAUAGCUGAAGAACGUUUCUCCUUUUUAUAAUUAAAAGACAACAGUUGUUUUUUCCAUAUAAUCACAAUUCAGCCAUUCUUAUACUACCUAUACUUUUGAGGGCAGGGUAAUACCUAGUGUUCAUCUAUUGGAACUGAAAAGAAAAAUAGAGGAGAAGAAAAUCACCUCACUUAACCUGCUGGUAAUGCUUUUCCUAAUGCAGCCGGGGUUGCUCUUGGCCUUCUUUGUCACAAGGGCGCAUUGCUGGCUCAUGGUCACCUUCUUCUCCACCUGCACUCCCACACGUCCUCCUCCGCAAAGCUGCUUUCCAGACUGUCAGCCCCCAGCCUGUACUGGUGGACAGGUUAUUCCUCCCCAGGUGAAGGACUUUGCAUUUCCCUGUCUUGAACUUCCUGACAACCCUCUCUGCCCAUUUCUCCAGCCUGUUGAGGUCCUUCUGAAUGGCAGCACAACCAUCUCGUUAUCAACUACUCCCCCCAGUUUUGUAUCGACUGCCAGUUUGCUGAGGGUGGACUCUGUCCAUUCAUCCAGGUUGUUAACGAAGACGUUAAACUAUCAACCCCAGGGGUACUCCACUAGUGAUGAGCCCCUUUGAGCCGAGUGGUUCUGCCAGUUUUCCGUCCACCUCACUACCCAUUUAUUUAGGUUGUACUUCAUCAGUUUGUCUAUGAGGAUGCUGUGGGAGAUGGUGUCGAAAGCCUUAGUAAAGCCAAAGUAAACAACACUUACUGCUCUCCCCUCAUCCACCAAACUAAUCAUCUAAAGGAAGAAAUCCUGUCCAAAAGGCACUUACCAUAACUUCCCAUAACAAACAGAGAAUUUUCUACAGAUCAUUUUUGAAGAGCUGUCUGAGGACAUGAGUUGGGGAAAAUUGUAUACAACAAACCCAACUUGUCUACUGAGUCCAUUUUCACUGUUCAGUAGCAUUAUGAAUUUUACUUUCCAGACCAGUCUGCCUUUAAGGGAUUUUAGACACCAAAACUCAAUUGGGCACUAAAAGACAAGGACUCAGUGGAAAUAAUGGGAUUAUUGCACAUUACAAUUACCCUACUCAGCUACUAAAAGUUAUUCUAUGGGUUUUAUUCUCUGCUCCUCUUGCAAGUUGUCUAACAACGAUUAAAUUGAACUCAGUAACUAUUCUCAAGUUGUAUCAGCCUUCAAAGUAAAUAAUUCUGUGUAAGUCCUGAAAAAGGAUUUGUGUUUUGCAUAAUUGUCUUUUUUUUCCCAGCUGUAUCAGUUGACCUAAUAAAAAAUAGGCCCAG